AUGGUACAGAAUCAAUGGUGGGGCCCACAACAGAAGGGUGGAGGGAAGAGCCACAGCAAGAACGAGGAGGAGCCCAAGGCAGGCGAGAGCUCGAGCUCGGCUUUGGAGCUGGCGAGGAAGCCGUAUCGACAGAGCAUCGACGAGCUGAUCAGAAAUACCGUCCUUUGCCGAAACGACUUCGACCACAAGAUCCUCCUGCUAUUGGAUGCGCUUUGGGAGCGGAACAAGCUGCAGGAGGCGUGCAAUCACGUGAAGAAGGUGGUGGAGGUCCUUCCGAGGGACAAGGUAACCCACUGGAGAGGCUACCUACACAAGCUGCUCCGCAACUUCGACGAGGAUGCGUACCAUGAUGUCAAGGGCACCCUCGCAACCGCAAAUGCGGAGAAGCUCCCAUGGAUCAAAGAGGAGCCUCCCAACGGCGAGAAGCUCCGUGUGUGCGCGGCAGAGUUUCAGCCGGGCCAGUUGGCCUGGAUCGGCGCCAUCGGCAAGUCGGACUACGCCGCGGUGGCCACCCACAGGCUCCACGCAGACGCGCCAGAGUUCAACCCGAACCAGCCGGCCUGGGCUCCGCAAGCUCGGGUGGGAGAGGCGAGUGGAGGGCUGAGUCGGCGUCUCGAAUUGCAUCUUAUCGGCACUCUGGACGAUGGCCAGCGGUCGGCCCAGCUUUUUUGGAGCGCGGCUUCACAGGCCCAGUUCAGGGAGCGGUCGCGCUCGCGGCGGGAGAGAUACGAGCGGAGGAGCUCGGAGCGCGGCUGGGACGAAGGCUCCGACCGCCAUGAUCGCCGGGACCGGGACCGGGACCGGGACCGGCGCCACCGCUCCCGGGACAGGGACCGGGACCGGGAGCGGUCGGACCGGUCGGACCGGUCGUCCGAGCGGUCGCGGGAGAGAUCCGAGAAGGAGGUGAAGCGGAGGAUUUGCAUGCACUGGGAGAAGGGGCAUUGCUCCAAGGGCAGCUCCUGCACCUUCGCGCACGGGGCGCAAGAGCUGCAUUCCGUGCAGGAGGGGGCACCUGGAAGACCGUGCUGUGCAAACACUUCACGGAGGGCAACUGCAGCAGAGGCGCCAACUGCUCCUUCGCCCACGGGGAGAAAGAGCUCAGAGAUAGCUUCAAGACGGUGCUGUGCAAGUACUACGAGCGGGGCAGCUGCAACCGGGGCAGCGGCUGCAACUUCGCCCACGGCAGCAAGGAGCUGGUGA